GAUAAUUUAUGAAAACGUACCAGCGUCGUAUAGCUUUGUCUAGCUGACAGCGAAUAGGACGGAGCAGCCGAACUUGAGGAGAAGCAUACCUAACCAAAACGCAAAGAAACAAGGGACACUUCGAAUUGUAUAAAGAUCCAGACUAUUUAUUUGGUGACUUGUCAAGAUGCCUGUUAUUAGAACUCUCAGCAAGGUGGCUAAGCAAGCCCUCCUGAACCCAGGAUGUGGCUGUCAGCCAAUCACAGUGGCCGUACGGACCAUCAGCUUCUCGCCCCGCCAGGUCACCUCGGACGCCAGCUUCCACUCCGUGUCCUUCUCCGAGACAGACCACCCCAAGGUGCUCAUCACAGGCGGCCUUGGACAGUUGGGGGUAGGGCUGGCUAAAAGGUUGAGGAAGCGGUUUGGAAACAACAACGUGAUCCUGUCAGAUAUCAGGAAGCCUCCGAGCCACGUUUUCCACAGCGGCCCCUUCAUCUACUCUGACAUCCUGGACUAUAAGAACCUGCGUGAGAUUGUGGUGAAUAACCGCAUCACGUGGUUGGUCCAUUACAGCGCCCUGCUCAGCGCCGUGGGAGAGGCCAACGUAUCGCUGGCUCGCGACGUCAACAUCACUGGACUCCACAACAUCCUGGACAUUGCAGCGGAGCACGGCCUGCGUCUGUUCGUCCCCAGCACCAUCGGAGCCUUCGGGCCCACCUCGCCCCGGAACCCGACCCCUGACCUCUGUGUCCAGAGACCCAGGACCAUCUAUGGAGUGUCCAAGGUCCACGCAGAGCUCAUGGGAGAGUACUACCACCACCGCUAUGGCCUUGACUUCCGCUGUCUGCGCUACCCAGGAAUCAUCUCUGCUGACUCACAGCCCGGAGGAGGAACGACAGACUACGCGGUGGCCAUAUUCCACGACGCCGUCAAAACGGGGAAGUUUGAGUGUAACCUGAAGCCAGACACGAGGCUCCCCAUGAUGUACAUCGACGACUGUCUGCGUGCCACCGUGGAGAUGAUGGAAGCGCCCGCAGACACCCUGUCCAUGAGGACCUAUAACAUCAACGCCAUGAGUUUCACCCCUGAAGAGCUGGCUCAGGAGGUCCAGAAACAGCUGCCGGACCUGGAGGUCAGCUACGACAUCGAUCAAGUCAGACAGGCCAUCGCUGACAGCUGGCCAAUGAAUUUUGACGACUCUAACGCGCGAAAUGACUGGGGCUGGAAACACGACUACGACCUCCCGGAGCUCGUCCAGACCAUGCUCAACUACAUCGGCUCAGACUCGCGCAUCGCACAGGCCAACUGAGAGGCCAGCGGUGGCGUGCUGCUGGAUGGCGUGCUGCUGGGUGGCGUGCUGCUGGGUAGCUUGCUGCUGGGGUGGCGUGCUGCUGGGUGGCGUGCUGCUGGGUGGCGUGCUGCUGGGUGGCGUGCUGCUGGGUGGCGUGCUGCUGGGUGGCGUGCUGCUGGGUGGCGUGCUGCUGGGUGGCGUGCUGCUGGGUGGCGUGCUGGAGCAGUGUUGUUUCUUUGUACAUACUGUAAAAACUGUUGUUAGAGAGGAGACACAUGGUCUAUGAAGACUGUUGUUAGAGAGGAGACACAUGGUCUAUGAAGACUGUUGUUAGAGAGGAGACACAUGGUCUAUGAAGACUGUUGUUAGAGAGGAGGGAGACACAUGGUCUAUGAAGACUGUUGUUAGAGAGGAGGGAGACCUGUGGUCUGGAAAUAGUCAUUGUUUUCUCUCUCUCCUCACUUUGUCAUUUGGAAGGGCUGUCUGUAUUUCUCUGUCUGUCUCUGUAUUUCUCCGUCUGUCUCCGUCUGUGUGGCAGAACAAGCUACUACAAUGUGAAGGUUGGUUGCGCGAGAAAUAUCGGUUUGACUCCCCUCCUCUCGGAAAGGGGUUAGAACACAGUGUCUGUGAGACCAUGUUUAGAUGAAACGUCUCAGAGAGGUUGUCUUGCAUGGCUAUGAAUUGUUCACUUCAUUGUACCAUUGUGACAUUUUGAAGGCAAACAAACAAAGAAUGUAGCAUUGGUCAAUCUGAAGUGCUUGAACCCUUCUUCUCUCUGUGGUGAGCUGAUGUUCAAGGGUUACCUCUUUGUAAGGUUAUUGUAAAGGGGUUAACGAUUGUAGAAUUGUUUUUGCUAAGAGCUGAGAAUUCAGGUAUCAAAGGGCCUAAAUGUACGGCCAUAAUCACAUUAAGUUAAAAGUUUUUAGAUUAUGAGUUUUACUAAUAUAUAAGCAUUGUAAUUUGAUGCAGUUUAGAGUAGGAGAGAACGAUUGAAACUCUUUAAAAUGUUUGAUAAAAAUCAUUGAACAGUUGUAGCUCUGCGUGUGUGUUUUAAUAUCGACGUGUGGAGGCACACAUCGAGUACCAACUCACAUUUUUCUAUUAUUUUAUGUUAUUUCAGCUGGGGUUUUUUUCCCCCACUGAUUCCAUUCUUCUAUGUAUUCUGUCUGCUGGUGAUAAUUGACUGGGAAUCAUGUUGACUCAAUGUGCUUCUUGCAUUGCUUGUAUGUAAAGUGUGAAUGUUCCACUGGAACUUUUGGCUGCGUCUCAAAUGGCAUGCUAUUCCCUAGAUAGUGUCACCCUAUUCCUUAAAUAUUCCCAUAUACACUAUAAAAGAGAAUAGGCUGCCAUUUGAGAUGUAUCCUUUGACUGGUCAACUAGGGACCAUAGUUUCCGUUAGUUCGUAAGUGACCUGUCAGGGAUGUCCGUUUUCACUCCGUCUGUUCGUCAAAGGGGUCCAUGUGGAUGUUAUUAAUUAAAAAAGGGAAAUAGUUUUGUGGUAGUUGUAUGUUUUUUAUUUUCAGAUGCUAUUGUUGUAAAUGAAUUCAAUGCUUUCUGUGUGUAAGUCUGGGAAAGAAAUGUAUGUUCUUUCAAUCACCGAUCUGCUUUGUCAUUAAAGUAUCUCUUUCUGUA